AUGAUGAACUGUGAGAAGGACAUCACGGAGCUCUACCAGGCGGUCGAGCAGCCGACCCAGUCGGCAGCACUCGCCGCCUUCAACCGACGCACGGAGAACAUCGUCAACGUCUUCGUACUUCCGGUUCUCAUCGUCGUCGGCGUUGUCGGCAACGCGACGAACCUCGUCGUCUGGUGCCGACCGCGCAUGCGCAUCGCCGGCGGGAUACAGUGCUCUCUGUCGGGCGUCGCCGCUGCGAACAUUGUCGUCUUGCUCACCGUCAUUCCGUCGCUCGUACAGCACGCGUCGGACGAGUUCACGCUCGACCUGAUGCGAGCGAAGGUCGUUUGCCACGCGCUGCACAACGCCUUCCGGCACGUCGGCAUGUGGCUGGCCGUGACGAUCGCCGUCGUGCGCUACGUCGCCGUGCGAUACCCGCUACUCGUCAACGCCUGGAUGACGGUCCGACAAGCGCGUCUCAUCGUCGUCGCCAUCUUCGUCGGCGUCGUCCUACUCGACAGUCCGCGUCUCUUCCAGUUCGGCGUCUGUCGCUACGAGACGUCGGUCGUGAUGAAUUUCAGCAGCAGCAGCGGCGGCGGUGGCGCGGCGAUCGCCAACGCCAGCGCCGCCGCUGCAUCGUCGGAGGACUCGUGGUCGCGGACGAUCUAUUUCAUCGCGCAGACGAAGUUCUGGCGCGAGCGCGCACACGUAGUCUACCCGUGGAUCAGCGGAGGCAUGUUCUUCGUCCUUCCGAUGUGUCUUGUCUUCGUCUUCAACAUCUUCCUCGUGCGGCAGCUUCCCGAAGCCAUCUACACGGUGCUGCUCGGACUGUCGUCGCCGCAGCUCGACGCUCAGGAGCGUCACGCUGGCGCCGUGUCCAUCGUCAACUGCAUCACGAUGAUCAACUGCAGCUUGAACUUCGGCAUCUACUGCCUGCUGAGUCGCCGAUACAAGCAGGUGUUUCGCGACACCUUCUGCUGCGUGCGCGCGGCGAGAUUUGAUCGGCUGAUGGCGUACACGGCGGGAAAACGCAAACUGGUGGUCACCAUGCACGGGUCGGCCGAUAUCCCGCUGACGUGUUUGGACAAUCCGCGACCGCGGGCCGGGACGAUGACGACCGUCUGUUCACGUAGUAUAGAUGUUGGUCACCGCUAG